CAUAUGCCUUUCCAUUCCCCACCUUUUCUUGACGUCAAUCUUCAUCUUUUCUAACCCUCUUCUUUCUCUCUUUCAUUUUCUAGCACUUUCAGAUCCAUUUUGAUUUCUGCUCAAAUCAUGAUGAAAUCAGGCUUAGCCACGAUCCACCAAACUCUAACGCUAGAACCGUCGGUCAUUCUCAACCGUUCCAUUACAGAGGCAUCUCGCCGGAAUCACGCUCAAACAACACCCUUGCACGUUGCGGCAACCUUAUUAUCGUCUCCGACCGGAUUCCUACGGCAAGCAUGUCUAACCUCACACCCAAAUUCAUCCCAUCCUCUUCAAUGUCGAGCACUCGAUCUCUGCUUUAGAGUUGCCUUAGAACGCCUCCCAUCCGCACCUCAUAAACUGGCCGAGCCGCCGCUUUCCAACGCACUAACCGCCGCUUUGAAAAGGGCUCAAGCCCAUCAGCGCCGUGGCUGCCCGGAAAAUCAGCAACAGGCGCCACUUUUAGCCGUUAAAGUCGAACUAGAACAGCUAAUCAUCUCGAUUCUCGACGAUCCAUCUGUAAGUAAGGUCAUGCGAGAAGCUAGUUUCUCGAGUCCUGCAGUUAAAUCUGCAAUCGAACGAUCGAUGAUGAUGGUCAAUUCUUCUUCUCCUGUUGGAAAUAGAUUUCUACCGCCGCCGGCGCCACCGUCCCCAAUUGCGAAUCUGUAUUUGAGUCCGCGGCUGAAACAGGGAAGUUCCGGCGAGCAAAGGAGCGACGAGGCGGCGAAAAGGGUGAUUGAGAUAAUGAUGAGAAGGAAGAAGAGGAAUCCGAUUUUAGUCGGCGAUGAGGAACCGGCGGCCAUUUUAAAGGAGGUGGUGAGGAGAAUAGAGAAAGAAGGGUUACUGAAAAAUGCAGAGGUGAUUCCAUUUCCAUUAGAGAAACAGUUUGCUCCGGAGAAGAAUCAAAUACCCAUUAAGAUUAAGGAAUUGGCUGCUUACCUAAUCGAAUCAUCGCGGAUUAGAACUUCAAACAAUCGCGGAAUCGUCCUUGAUCUUGGCGAUCUGAGAUGGCUAGUGGAGGAGACGGUAUCGGAAAACGGCAGAACGGCUGUUGCAGAGAUGAGAAAACUGAUAUCAUCAAUCGGAGAAGAAGACGGUUUGUGGUUGAUCGGAACGGCUAAUUGUGAGACAUACUUGAGAUGUCAAGUUUAUCAUGCUUCAUUAGAGAGAGAUUGGGAUGUGCAGGCAGUUCCUAUAGCAGCAUCAAAAUUAUCUUCGCGUCUUCUUCAAGGAAUCAUUCCUUCUUCUAGGGUUGGGAUGUACGGAAACCAUAACCCUAAUUAUAUUAAUCCUUUGAAACGAUCAACAAUGGCACUUCCAGCACUUGUCCCUGAUAAAGAAGUUGCCGUCAAAUGUUGUCCGAUGUGCUUUAAGAAUUACGAGUUGGAUCUUAAGGAGAAGCGAAACUCCUCGUCGGCGUCGGAGGUUGCCAAACAACCACCGCCGUUGCCACGGUGGUUGCAGAAUGCUAAAGCUCACACUCUAAAAGAUCAUUUCAAGGAGAAAAAUGAAGAUGAUCAAAUUUUCAUGCAAAAAUUGGAGGAGCAACUCCAAAUGAAAUGGAGUGAUAAAUGUUCCCUUGUUCACCCUAAUUUUCAUCAUAAUCUCAUGGCUCCAAAAUCACCCAAGUAUCAACCAAAACUACAAACAACAACUAUUCUCGGCCAACCUACAUUGCAGCUAAGUGUGAAUCUCAGCCCUCCGGCUAGCCCUGUCAAGACUGAUCUUGUCCUCGGGACUGAAAAAACCAGCAUGGAUUGCAUCAAUGAUUGUAUUUCCUCCGAAUUACUAACCCAGAAGUCUUUCGCUAAAAGAGAAGAUCUCGACUUGUUCAAGAAGCUGCUGAAAAGUCUGUUGGAGACAUCAUGGUGGCAAAAACAAGCAGCUUCUGAAUUAGCUACAACAGUGACUCAAUCACGAUCUCGUAAUGGAAAACGUCGAGAUGGUGCGACCAAAGGUGAUCUCUGGCUGUUAUUUGCUGGUCCAGACAGGAUUAGUAAGAAGAGGAUGGCGUAUGUUGUUGCUGAACAAAUAUGUGAAUCUAAGCCAAUAGUUGUUUGCCUUGGAGUUGGAUCAUCAAGACUCUAUAACGAAGAAGAAGAAGAGGAGGAGAAAACUGAAGUUAGAUUGCGUGGGAAAACGGCAUUAGAUAGGAUUGUAGAAGCGGUUAGGAAGAAUCCGAAUUCUGUUAUUGUGCUUGAAGACAUUGACGAAGCUGAUAUGCUAGUCCGUGGGAGUAUCAAGUUGGCAAUGGAGAGAGGUCGUCUUACUGAUUCUCAUGGUCGUGAAAUAAGUCUUGGAAAUAUUAUAUUCAUCCUUACUGCAAAACCUCCAGACGAAUUGAUCAGAAACGUUGAGUAUCCCGUCGAGAGCAAGUAUGGAAUGAAAUGCAAUUGGCAGCUACAACUUUCUAUAAAAGAUAGAUGUAAUAAGAGAAGAGCAAACUGGUUGGAUGAUGAUGAUGAAGAAGAUGAUGACAGGGCCAAAAUGCCAAGGACAAUAGGUCGUCAUGGCUUAUCAUUAGACCUAAAUCUGCUGGCCGAUGCCGAUGCCGCCGAAGAGGACGUUGUUACUGAAUGCGAAGAAGAAGAAGGUAUUGAGAAGAGAAAAUUUAGCAUGACGACAGUGCCGCACGAGCUAACUAUCCAUUUGGAUGGUAUGAUCGUGUUUAAGCCGGUCGAUUUUGGAGUUAUUCGCCGGGAGAUUGAGAGCAGGAUAAAGGACUGUUUCGCCGGUGCCGUUGGGAAGGAACAUACGAUUGAAUUGGAAGGUGCGGCUAUUGAGAAACUCGUCGGCGAGUCCUGGCUUGGGAGAAUCAGGUUUAUUGACUGGAUGGAGAAGUUGUUGUUUCCAAGCUUUGAGCAGAUUAGGUCUCGCUUUUCCGACGAAAGAACGACGGUUGUUCGUCUUCAGCUUGAUGGCGAUUGCGGUUCGGAUCAACAAGGACAAGUGAGAUUAAUGGCGUUAGAUGAUGACGAUGAUGAUGUUUGAGUCAUUCCUCCUUUGAGGAACGAGAGGAUAUAGUUAGGUAUUUCCUCAUUUUGCAGAGGGCAUAGAUGUAAAUAGGAUCUACAUGUACUUAGAACCGCCUUAGAAAAGACCGCUUUGAACCGAUUUUCUCAUCUCCCAUCACUCAUGUCGUUUUGUUUAUUCAUUCAUUUUAAUGUU